AUGAGUGCGGCGCGGCAUGGCGCAGACGCGAGGGCGCCGGCUGGUGUGUCGUCAGCGGCGGUGGCGGCAGCGCGGGAUCCUGUCGCCGUCGAAGAACUGCCGGGUCCCGCCUUUGCCUCCAGCAGCGGGGGGCUCUCGGGGGCCCUCAUGUCUCUCGUCAUCCUCGCUCUCUUCCUCAUUUUCAUCGUGACCAUGACGGCCCGGUACCUGCGCGCCGGCCAGCCAGCUGUGGUGCCGCAGUCUGUGGCGGCUCCGGUGUACAGCCGGAACCUGACCUUCCACAGCAACGGAACCGAGCGGCCCGAGCAGGAGGAAGCGGAACCUGCUGUCACGGUCGCGGGGAACCUGACCCUGAUCCAAGCGCCGGUUGCCACCAACCGAAGCAACUAGCCAAGCCGCUCGCGACCGUGGUCGAAGGACUGCAUAGAGGCUUGGACUGGAUUGCAGCCUACUUCGGCGUGCACGUGCGCAAGAAGCCGCACAUCGACUAGCGCGCUAAGCGAAACUAACUAUGGUUGUGUCGGUAUCGCAGAUUCCGCAGCAAUCGCUAGAAACUAUGCACCCUGUCAUUUCUUUCUCCUUCAGUUGCCUUUGUUUUUUGUUUUUUUUCUUUUCUACCGAAGCACGUCACUCCGAGAGUCGCCUUGCCGUUAGCUGUUCACGUGUCCGUGAUGCCUAACUAUGCCGUAGUUUAACAAGUGCCCUCGUGUUCUUCCCUCUACAUUUUUUUAAACUCUGUUGUUAACGUGUUCCCUAUGUCUGACCAUGCUACAACUAUGUAUUCUCUGCCUCUUCUCUUUUUCUUUUCAUGAAGAACAUAACUCAAGCAGUCGUCUCGACUGUGGGCAGUUUACGCGUUUGAAGGCCCUACAGAGGCUUUGAAGAGGCAAGUUCAAGCAGGAGGCCCCGCUUGGAUUGGCGUGCGCGUGGCCAAAGGGCCUCACACGAACUAGCGGCAUGCUCGAAGCCAACUUCUCUAAGCCUGGAUCUCAACAAUGACUUUUUUUUUCCUUAGCUGACUAUACACAUCCGGCGACGGCUCCUUCAGUGUUGAUUGUUAACAUGACAAUGUUUCUCCCGAAGCAUUUUCUUUCUCUGUUCCUCCGUGGGCUUUUCAUUUUCUUUUUGUUCACUUCGUGGUUGGUCUGGUGUCCGUGGCUCGCUUCGAGGAAGAAUUCAUUCAUGUGUACACAGUACUUCGUAGUGUUUAAUCCUUCGUUAGCACGAGCUCUAGUUUCACACUACAACAGUACAUGAAGUGAACGCUGCCGCUGCA